AUGUGCCUUUUAACGCUAGAGUCCCAACAACAAGAUAUUGGGAAUCUCCGAGCUCGAGAUACAAUGAAUAGAGAUAAUAAUGAUAACUAUAAAUAUUCGGAUAAUUUUUACGCUGAAAACAGAACCAACGGAUCUGAUAUUUUGACUCGGGAGCCAUUCGACUCAAAUAUUCAUUUUAAUCAAAAUCCUAAUUAUGAAAUUGAAAAAGGUGGCUCACCAGGUGGAACUGUUAACUUUGAAGAAGCAAUAACUUUAUCUGGAUAUGGAAAGUUUAAUUAUCUGUUGUUACUGGCGAUAUUACCAGCCGCUUGGGCAUGUAUUUUCGACUCAAGUUCAAUGCCUUACGCAUUGCCAUCAGCAGAGUGUGAUCUUAAUCUCUCACUUUUCGAUAAGGGUCUUCUCAAUUCUAUGCCAUUUGCAGGUAUGAUAGUAACGUCCUUCAUAUGGGGAUUCUUGACAGACACUUACGGACGUAAAGAUAUCCUCGCAUGGGGGUACUUGAUGACAUUUAUUGUGAGCUUUUCAAGUUCGUUUGCUCACACAUCCUGGCUGCUGAUUCUAUUUAAGUUUCUUGGUGGCAUUGUGAUAUCCGGGCCUUUUGCAGCUUUGAUGUCAUACCUUGCUGAGGUACAUGGUGAAAAAGAACGAACACGAAUUUACAUGUGGCUCGGAGUUUUUUUUUCCCUUGGAAAUAUUUCUAUGCCUUGUUUGGCAUGGCUGAUUUUACCUCAAAAUAUAAAUGUCAGCAUAUUUGAUUCAUCAUUUCAUUUAACAUCUUGGCGGGUUUUUUUAAUAGUGUGUUCGAUACCCGAAUUAACAGCAUUUAUUGCGUUGUCAUGGUUUCCGGAAAGUCCCAGAUUUUUGUUAUCGAAAGGACGCGAUGAUGAAGCGCUGGACGUGUUGCGUCACAUUUACCAUCUUAACACCGGCAACGAUCCUAAGACGUUCCCGGUGACGAGUAUAAAAGACGAAGAUUUUGUUAAAAACAAUGGUAAGACAUUAAGAGAGUGCUUGAACAAUGGUUGGGAACAAAUGAAACCACUUUUUAAAGCACCUCAUAUAUAUAAAUUAUUACUCAUCGGAUCGAUACAGUUUUGUGGAACUAUUGGAUCAAGUACAAUAAGACUGUGGAUGCCGCAAUUAUUUGCAAUGAUUGAAACCUAUGAAUCAACACAUUCUAAAGAUACUUCAAAACCUUCGCUUUGCGAUAUGUUGCAACAAACUAGUGGGCAUAAUAAUACUUAUCAGAAUAAUAAUAGUUAUAAUCAGACGAUUAUUGUCGACAGUACUUGUACACCAGUGAUACUUAACUCGACUGUAUAUUUAAACUCUAUGGUAAUUGCGCUGACUGGAGUGAUAGGAUACACCUUAGCGGGGUCGUUAAUUAAUUGCGCUGGGACCAAGAAACUAAUGGUGUUCUGUUUCCUCACCGCGGGAAGUUGUUGCGGAACAUUGUACUGGGCUGAAGAUUCAAGUGGGAUUUUAGGUAUUUCUUCAGUAUUUGUCGCACUUUCCAGUGUUGGAGGUGCUGCUGUUAAUAAUGUUAUUGUAGACAAUUUCCCUACACUACUAAGGGCAAUGGCGAUUUCAACAACAAUGAUGCUCGGUAGAGUAGGAGCCGUGACUGGUAAUGUUCUGUUUCCAGUAUUGUUUAAUUUAAGCUGUUUGGGACCAUUUAUUAUGAUUGGUAUUGCUUGUAUCGUGUGUUCAAUAUUAGUUUUAUUUGUACCGUCGAAAACAUCAGAAUUAAAGAAGUCAAUAAAAUUAAACGGCAAAUAA